AUACUCCUCAACAAAUGUGAGGAGCAUAGUCACAGUCUUGGAUAUCAUUGGAACCCACUUAAAUGUGCUGUAGUCGCUCCCAGUUCCGAUACAUCCUCUUACUCUCUAUAUGGUACUAGCAUUUCACGUCAGACAUCAUUCUCGUACCUAGGUAUCCCCAUUGGCCCAGGUGGACACUUACUUACCAACGAUCUAAUUCAGAACAAUACCAACAAAGCCUUACACACUAUGAACACCAUGUCAGCUAUUGGCGUCAAUCAUAAAGGUUUCAAUCAGCUCCUAUCAACACGCUUCUACACCCAAAUUGUGCGCACCCAACUGGAAUACGGUCUUGCCAUCAGCUCAUUUUCAUCACCCCAAAUAAAGAAAAUCGAGGAAUGCCAAACAGAAUGUAUAAGACGAAUUUUUGGAGGAAAUUCCCGUUCAUCAACCAAGGUCAUGUUACAUCUGACCAACCUUCCAUCCAUGAAAGAGCGUGUUCACCGCCUACAAGGAAAGUUCUUAUUAAGGUCCAUCAAUGGUCCCAGGGAUAUCCUGUUAUCGCAGUUUUUACCAUACUUACGUGCUUCAGCUAGUCUGUCUCAUUGGUACAAGCUCUCCAAAACUCCCCUCUGGCAACGCUGCUGCAACUUUCAUAACCCUGACCGCAUCGAUACUCGUGUGUUCAAUACUACCUAUCAUGAACUUCGUGUCGAAAACCUUCAAACACAACGCCAAGCUAACAAUUCGGUUCUCCUCUCCUCUUGUCGCCCUUUUCAUGGUGUUGAUCCAACUCUUUGGCUACCUAUGACUCCCGUGGAACGCAGUCGAGUUAUACGUUGGCGUCUCGGUUGGUUACCUGGUGGGGUUCCAAAACCGUGCAUACAUCACCCUAAUGUCAUGUUUACCCGCAAACACUCAAUAAUAUGCCUUCACAUGCACCGUCGAUUACAAAUGCCCUGCACAGUAAAUGACCCAAUAUCAUUUCUUCUCAGCAUGCUUCCAACCAUAAAAACACGUAACAAACAAAAUAUUCAACGCUUCUCCAGCUGGAAAAUUCGAUGGCCCGCACUAUAUCAAAUCCUAUUCGAACUUGAUUAUCUACAUCAUGAUAAGACCCCCCCCAGAAACUCCCACUCUUGGUAA